AUGGGUUUCAACCAAAUAGGCAUUGGCUUGCUGCUACUCUGUACAGCUGGUUUGCCAACAGCACAAUGGCACCGCUGGGGAAAUAUCCACACUCCUACUAGACUUCAAACUAACAGGAAUGCUGAGUUGCCUUCUCAGUGGACUCAAAUUGGUUCCCAAGCUGGAAGCCCUACGGUAACCCCAUUUAGACUACAACUCCAAAAUCCUUUAGAUGCCCAAGCUCUGCAAGUAAUUCAGCAACCAGCGAAGAAACUGACUUGGCAUUUUCCAGUAGCACCACAAAUCCCAACACCAGCCCCAGUGCACUUUGUAGGACCACCUCCUCCUGUUCUUUCUGAGGGUGUGACAGCAAGGUGCAAUGAGACUGCAGUGUAUGUACAGGUGAUGAAAGACCUGCUUGGCACUGAUGUAACCCACGCUGCUGCUCUCACAUUGGGAGGCUGUGCUGCCAAAGGGGUGGAUGCUUCUUCCCGAUUCCUUAUCUAUGAAUCUGCGUUGCAUGACUGCAACAGCAAGUUGAUUGUGACUGCAAAUGAGCUGGUCUACAUCUUCACUCUUGGUAUUGCUCCAGUGCCUAGUGGCUCUCCACUUCUCAGACGUGCUGGUGCUAAGGUUUUCAUUGAGUGUCACUAUCCAAGACUCUACAGUGUGAGUAGCCGUGGCCUCAUACCUGCUUGGAUCCCAUAUGCUUCUGCUGAAACUGCUGAGGAACAACUUGUUUUCUCCUUGAAGCUCAUGAUGGAUGACUGGACAUUCCAAAGGCCAUCCAACCAGUACUAUCUGGGUGAGCUUAUAAAUAUUGAGGCUUCAGUACUGCAAUUCAACCAUGUGCCCCUGCGUGUCCUCGUAGACAGCUGUGUGGCCAUUCCUGUCCCUGACAUAAAUGCUGUCCCAAGAUAUUACUUCAUGGAUAACCAUGGGUGCCUGAUUGAUGCUAAGCUUACGCAUUCCAGUUCCCGCUUCAUGCCCCAAACUCGAGCAGAUAUACUGAGGUUUCAGCUGGAAGUCUUCAGAUUUCAACAAGGGAACAGUAGCUCUGUAUAUAUGGCAUGCAUCUUGAAGGCAACAGCAGCAUCUGCCCCUGCUGAUGCUGAGCACAAGGCUUGUUCAUUCUCUAACAAUAGAUGGACUGCUGUAUAUGGUGCUAACCAGGUAUGCAGUUGUUGCAACAACAGCUGUGGAAGCAUGAGGAAGGGACGUGCUCUGUCCUCAGAACAAGGCUUGCAGCUGGAGGAAGAAGUUAGCCUUGGCCCAAUUGUGGUUCUGGAAAAAGGCUUGGUAGUCUAA